AGCAAUGUUUUAACGUAACGUGACACGUUCCUAUAAAACUUUUUACUUUAAAAUAGGUUACACGUUCAGUAAUAAUAAUAAUAAUAAUAAUAUUGAAUGAGGCUGUCGAAACGAGAUUGCAACAGCAUGCUUUUGUUGUGGAAAUUUACACGAAUGCGUUGGGUGAGAACACGAAUUCCACAUACAAUUUCGAUCGAAAAUAAUUCUUUUGCAAUACAGGAUAUGUUGCAUCUCCGUGGAUUACAAGUUUCCUUCCUUAUUGCUCUCUUAACGAUUCUUCGAGGUAGAUUAAAAAUUUGAAAACAUUAAAAAAACAACAAAAAAUGUUGACAUUUCCCUUUUGUAUAAAACCUCCGAGAAUACUGGUUUUCGAUAUCAGAUUGUAAGUUCUUUGAGUGCUGUUAGGUGGAUUUUCUGAAUUUCUGAAAACGAGUGAAGGAGAAAGAUGUUGAAAAAUUUAGUGUUCGCUUCGUUCAUCGUGGUCGCUCUUGUUGUCGUCGGUUCGGCUACUGGCUGUAAAGUAUGUGGAAAUCCUUGGUGCUCUGCUGAAGAUAUUCACGAACGUAUUGAGCUUUCAAUCAUCGAGCCAGCGGGCAAACGUCACUGUUGGCCGAGUCACGACGAACCUUGUAGUUGCGGUGCACCAAAAUGUUCUCACCCUAAAUGUGAACCGGACUGCCAUCAUGGACACUGCGGAGGAUGUAAGUGCCAUAGUAGAGACUGCAAAGAAUGCAGCAAGGACUGUUGCAAGAGCCACUGUAAAGACUGCAAAGAAUGCAGUAGAGACUGCUGCAAGGAUUGCUCUAAAGAUUGCCCCAAAGAUUGUGGUUGUCAUAAAUGCCAUGGAAAAGAUAGCAAAGCUUGCUAUUGCUCACAGGACCACAGAAGUGGGAGCAAAUUAGAAUGCAAGUGCAAAGUUAAGCACCGUCACGACUGCUGAGCCAUCUUGAAACAACAAGCUUCAGCUAAAUAAUUUUAUAAGGACGAUGUAAACUCUUUCACAUAAAUAUGUCAUUUCACAUUAAUAAAAAUGGGUUUAGGAAAUAUAUCCGCCUGAAAAUA